AUGAUCUGUCUGAAAUUCUGUACAAUCUGUGAACGCAAAAGUCAGGGUAUGCAUUUUGGAGUGUCCAGUUGCAGAGCGUGUGCCGCGUUUUUUAGAAGACGUGCCGGUUCGGAUCUUAUUGAGAAAUCGUGUAUGAGUAGCAGGUGUGGAGUUGAUUUUUUUAUAUGCAAACCGUGUCGACUGAAAAAGUGCUAUAAAGUUGGGAUGGAUGAGAGAAAAUUCCAACACGAUCGUGACGUCAUCAGUUCCACCCGAAUCCCCCGAAGUUUCGACAAAUUUGUCGGACGACCUCAAUUUGUACAUUUCUGUGAUCCAGACGCGCCAACGACUUCCAAAUUCAUCGAUUUAUCAUUUUUGGUCCAAAAAGGAGAGCAACUUAUCAAAUCUGGCCCUAGCUGGAGCCCCCAUUCCAACAAAGGACCCCUUCAUCGGCUGGCAAAUUUUCAUAAUGUUUUUGAAAAAAUGCCAAGGAAUAUGGCGACAAAUUCCACAUUCUCCUCUGGUGACUGCUCGGAUUGUUGGGAGUACUACUUCUUGACAACCGCCACGUGGCUUACGAAUUUCGACGAAUUCCAAAAAUUGAGUCAUCCGAUAAAAAUGAAAAUCCUAUUUGGAAUUUGGCACAUGUGGGGGCGGAUGGACAAAUUGGCGUCGACCGCGCUGGCCAGGAGGCGGAGCCAAUUAAGCACCAAAUCUGAGAUUGCUCAGAGUAAUGGAUUGUUUUUGGAUGUGGAUAAACUGGAAUUGGAUGUGACGUGGCUUUGUAAUUAUAGUCUGGAAGAGGUGGAAUUCUUCAUCGACGGAUUCCGAAAUUGGGACCUAAUGGAAACUGUUCAAAUGUUCAUCGACCUAGAUCCGACACCAAUCGAGCUCAAUUACAUGCUCGCCCAAAUGAGCUUCUACUAUGCCGGAAAUCGAUUUCAAGGAGGAAUUCUAGAAAUUAUGGAAAGAUUUCAACAAGUGCUGUCUGAUGAUCUUCAUCAUUAUUACGUGAAUGAGAGAAACAUGAGCAAUUAUUCAGGAAGAUUGUGUAGGCUGAUGAAAAUUAAUAAUGCGGUGCAGGAGAGUGUAAGAAAACGACGUCCAAAAACGGAGAUCGCAAAAACGCUCAAUAUUUUCACUGCAGAAUUUUCACAUCCCGAAAUUUUUUUUGAUACAGGAUUUUAG